AUGGCGUCAUUGGAUGCUCCCAAGACCAUUCUUGAGACAACUCUCAAGGAAUUCCAGACCGACAAGAUCGACAUUCUGGUUAACAAUGCUGGCCUGGGAGGAAAUGCGCCGCUGGAAGAGGUAACAGUUGAGGACUACGACCGCUUGAUGACAGUUAAUGUCAGGGCGGUUCUCUUUAUGACGCAGGCGGUCUUGCCGCACAUCAAUCGCGGCGGGCGCAUCGUCAAUCUUUCUUCGAUAUCUUCCCGAGGGGGAUACUCCACGCAAUCUGUGUACGCUGCUUCUAAAGCUGCAGUUGAAGGCCUCACUCGAGUUUGGGCCACAGAGCUGGGUCACAAGUACGGCGUGACUGUCAACUGCGUCAAUCCUGGGCCUGUAGAUACAGACAUGUAUCGCGCAGCAGGACCUGUGCAUCUUGCCCGCAUGGAAGAGCAGAACAAGAAAGUUCCUGCUGAGCCGCGAUGCGGUACGGAGCAGGAUGUCGCCGAUAUCGUUGUGUUUCUAUGCGAGGAGCGGUCAAGAUGGGUUACGGGAGACACUGUAUGUGCCAACGGAGGCAUGGUAUAUACUUGA